UUUUUUGUGUAUCUUUCUCUAAAAAAAAUUGUAGAUGAUCUAAAUCUCCUAUUACUGCAAGUCUUUAAGAAACAGUAGAUUUUUUAAAUGAAAGGUAUAAAGGUAAUACAUUGAUGAUGGAUGAAAGACAUUUCUAAUAUGAAUUCGAAAAGUUCUGAUGUGAAAUCUACAGCCGUCGUGAAAUAUCAAUCUCUUCCUCUACUAGCUCCAUUUUCUAUUCUACGAAAUAAUACUAAUUUAAAUAUUCCACCCUCCAACUGGUUACGUAGUAACUCAAAACCUGAACAAUAUGUUCGAGAUAUUUCAUGGCACACAGAACAUUCAGACUUUUCAAGCUUUAAAAUGGCCAAUAAUUUUAUAAAGGAUUUAACAGAUGAUGUAGAUGUGGUUUCAGAUGCAGGUAAUAUAAAGACAUUAUUGAAAAUGCCAUUUUCUAGUUCAUCUCAUGUUAGUAUGAUGGUACAUAGAAUUGGUCAGACAUUGUUACUGGAUGAUUUUGAUAUUCACAAACAUUUACUGCGGCAAGAGAAGGAAGAUUGGAAAUGGUUAAGAUCAUUUUAUGAACAGAUGAUUGCCAAAAAUACAGAGGGAAAGUUUAAAAAUGUUCCCAGAAAAAGCAAAAGUCGUAAUACUCUACAGAAUAGAAAUAUGUUUUCCAAAUUUCUCUAUCACAGUUUACAAUCAAGUAAAGGAGAUGAUAACAAUGAUGAUAACAACGAUGAUGAUGAUGAUGAUGAUGAUGAUGAAUUAGAGACUUGUGUUAUUCAAUGUCAUAAUGAUUCAGAAUCUAAAACAGAUACAGAUCAAAUAAUACCAUUAGAUCCUUUACCUCAGACAUUUGAACCUGGUUUUCCAAGAGAAGUUUUAUGGACCUUUGAAAAUAUUCGAAUGCUAAUUGGUGCUGAUUUGCCAAUAUUUGGUGGUGAAACACAUCCUUGUAUUAGUUUGAGACUGAGAAAUUCUGAUGAACCUAUCAAUGUUUUAACUGGAUUAGAUUAUUGGUUAGAUAAUUUAAUGUGUAAUGUACCAGAAGUAGCUAUGUGUUUUCAUCUUGAUGGUUUUGUACAGAAAUAUGAACUUCUAAAAACAGAAGAUAUACCAAAUUAUAAGGACUGUGAAUUUGAUCCCAAGUUAGUAAUGGAUAUAGCUCGGAAUAUUUUAUCAUUUUUAAAGUCUAAUGCAACACUAGAAGGUCAUACUUAUUGGUUAUAUAAAGAUAGUAAUGAUGAUGUAGUCAAGUUAUAUGAUUUAACUACAUUAUGUGAAGGUGAAGAAGUCAAAUCAAAUCCAUUCACUGUACCAGUUGGAAUAUUAUUAUAUCGUGUGGCUAGAAACUUGUGUAAUCAAUCUGGUAGAAAGAAGACAGCUACAAUACGAAGAUUACUAGAAAAUAGUUUAUUAUUAUUAGAUGAAGACAAACAUUCACAGGUGUGUACAUCAGCAUACUAUUUGUUAUCUGAUUUGUAUGUACCAGAUAGUAGUAUUAAAGAUAUCUGGGAAAGUAAUAGUAGUGAUGAAUCAGAUGAUUCUUGUGAUCAAGAUGAAGAAAUAAAUGAAGAACAAGAUAAUAGUAAAGAUGAAGUUAGUGUUGAUGUUAAAACAUUAUAUAAAGUACAAACACAUUAUGAUAAAGGUUGGCAUGUAGUAAGAUCUCACCCUAUAGCUGGUACAGUAGAAGAGAGAUGUCAAGAUGCUUUUAGAUACAUUAGAAAGGGUUUAGAAUGCCUGUCCAGAGAUUUAAAUGUUAUGAAGACUCGUGGAAAAGAUUUCAGUAUAGUAGAAGAACAGGCAUAUUGUGAUCCUAAUGUAGCUAUACCAUUGAGUUAUGAACCAUUAAGGAAGCCAUCUUCAACAGACAACUUACAACUAACAACUAUAGAUAACAAACAACCUGAAGUCUAUUCUUGGCAUGGUUUAUCUAAAUGUUUACUAUUACGUAAAGCUGCUAUGACAUUCUACUCUACAUGUAAAGAGUAUCUUUCUAUACAGAAAUUUGGUCAUGCUCUAAGACAAAUACGCUUUGCUAUUGUGUGUUUUGAGGAAAUGAAGAUUUUAAUACCUAAGAAAGGAGAAGAGAAUAAUAAUCUGUUGAUAUUGAUAUUAGAAAUGGCUGGUGAUAUUAGAUUAAUAAUGGCUAGAAAUACAAAAUUACUAGAUGAACAAGAGAAAUAUUUUACAGAUAUUAGGGAAGAAGAGGCAGCUAUUGUUGAUAAUACUAUUAGAACUAGUAGAACUCCAGAAUAUGAAUGGGUAUAUAAAUGGAGUAAUAAUACAGAAUGUAAUUUAGAUGUUAGUGUUAGAUGUUAUGAACAAGCGCUGUCAUUAAAACAAGUAGAUUCCACGCAUGAAACUAACUUACGAAAACGUCUAGGAAACUCUCUGAAUGAAUUGGGGGUAUGGUACAUGAAUUUUGCUCAGAAUACUCUACAAACACAAGGUGCUGAUAAAGUUGAUAUUGAAAGAUUAAAAAUGAUCUGGAAGAAAAGUGAAGAUUGUUUUAUUCGUGGAAAAGAUGUCUUUCAACUAACAAAUGAUAAAACCAAUGUGACAUUGCUACUCUCUAAUAUUGGAAGAUUAAAAAGACUGGGUGCUCAAACAUACACACAAUUGACAUUAUUAUCUGAUCGUCCAGAAUUUACUGAUAUUGAAAGACAAUAUUACAGCAAGGCAAUAGAAUGUUACCAAGCAGCAUUAAGUAUAAUAAAAAAUGAUAAACAAUACAACGAUAUUUCUGAUUCUAUUCUAUGGGAUCUAUCUACAACUUACUACAAUAUGGCUAUGUUAUUACAAGAUUAUGCUCCAUUGUCAACUUAUGAAAAGGAUGAGAUAGAGAAAGAUGUGAUAGAUUAUAUGAAUAAAUCAUUAAACUUUUGUACACAUGAUAUGUCAAAAACAUAUCAACAUAUGUGUCAAUAUAGAUCAGCUAUGAUUAACCAAAGAUUAGCAUCAUUAUAUCAAAAUACACUACGUAGUAUGUUAUCUGAUCAGAAGAAGAGAUAUAUUAAACAACUAUCAGAAAGUCAUUAUAAUAAAGCUAUAACAUUAUUUAAACAACUAAAAUGCCCAUUUGAAUUGUUACGGUCUAUUUUAGAAAAAUUAGCUUUAAUGGAAAUGUGUCAAACAGUGCAAGCAACUAGUAAAGGUAGAAUAAAAUCACUAUGUCAUGUGAUAACAGGUUUAUUAGAUUGUCAAGGUGUAUUAGAUGAUUUAAUAGUACAACAAUCAGAUUCUAAUAGUAAACACACAGACGACUUACAUGAUUUACUGGAUAUUAUCAAAUCUAAAUUACAAUACCAUUUAUUACAUAUUGUCAAAAAUUAUACUUCCAUGACAAAAGGUAAACAUGAGGCUGUUAUAAAAGAAGUCAAAUGUCUCUAUGCUAAAAGUUUACAAGGACCAGACAAUCUUGUGGAAGUGUUAAAAUGGUUAUCAACAUUACUUCAAGAUUGUAGAAAAGUUCUGUCAUUGAUACAUCAAGAUCUGAGCUGAUUUCAAACAAUGAAACAGUGUUUUCUUCUUUCUACUGCCCAUCAAAGAGUUGAAUCUUAUAUACAAUUAUGUGACUUUUAAUCAAAUGUACACAGUGUAAAAAAACUGGCUUGAUUCCAUUGUGAAAGUCAAUUUGAUUUACUCUUAAGAAAAUAUGAUAAAUCGUAGAAUUAUUAACUAUAGUCAACAAAUAGUUGAUGAAGCUUAAAUCUGGAUUGAAUUCAUGAUAGUUUUUAAAUAUAAACAUUAGAAUUUAUGUGGUCCAUGAAUAAUUUACAAAAGUGUUUAGUAUAGUAGUUGCCCAUUUUGUGAGAUUUGCAAAUGUCUUUACUUUGUGUUGAGCAUAACUAAAAAAAACACAAAGCUAGUCCUGAUUAUAAACAAAAUUCUUAUGCUAGACUUGACAAGGAGGUGAUAAACCCUCUAGUCAUACCCUUGAUAGUCAUUUUUUUUUCUCUACAUUUGUUUGUUUUGUUAAUUUAUUGUCAUUUUCAGUUUUACAUGUUGAAUAUUGAAAUGUUUUGGACUAAAUGGCACAGUGUAAAUGUUCAUUUAUUAUUAGACAUAUAAAGACUUUUUGUGAUAUUUG